AUGGAGUUCGAUUCAUCUUUCUUUGAAUACCAAUACCUCAACACUCCCUUUGUGUCUGGAGAAUCAUUCUCGUGGGUGGAUGACUUCUUUUUCUUGAAAGAAGAUAACAACACUACCCUUCCCUUAAACUUAACCAGCAAUGACCACUCACAGAUCAAGGAAUCAUCCUCAGAAUCCAACUCUUCAGGCUCUUUGGUAAGCACUGAGUCACAAGAAGUGUCUUCAAAUUUAACGCAUGCCCAAGUCAUCAAGGGAACACAAGCAUCACCGUCUCCACAAAAGGAGAAAAGACCCUUCAGAGGUGUGAGGAGAAGGCCAUGGGGGAAAUUCGCCGCAGAAAUAAGAGACUCAACAAGAAAUGGGGUUCGAGUGUGGAUUGGAACCUUUGACACAGCUGAAGCAGCAGCACUAGCUUAUGACCAAGCAGCUUUAUCCACAAGAGGGUCCAUGGCAGUGCUGAACUUUCCUGAGGAAGUGGUGAGAGAAUCACUAAAAGACAUGGCCAAUAAACCAUCGGAAGAUGAUUCCUCUCCUGUGUUAGCACUCAAGAGGAAACACACCAUGAGAAGAAAAUCCAAGGCAAGUAACAAAAAGACUAAAAGGGGUGAGAAGGAGUUAGAUUUGGUUUCCCAAAAUGUGCUGGUUUUGGAAGAUUUGGGUUCUGAAUAUCUUGAACAACUUCUUAGCUUGACUUCUUCUGAAGUCUUCUGCUAG